ACCGGCCACUCUCUGAACUGAAUAUAUUGCUUUUUUCGUUCAUUAGAAAUAGACGAAAGUGAUUGUGGAAAAUCCAACUAUUUUAUGAACAUUCAAAUGAUUUGAUAUGUUGUCAUUCUGGGUGUAUUGUUAAUUAAUUAUUAUUUAAAUAAAUAGAAAAUGCACACGCUCAUAGCAUUGAAUGAAUCCAUAUUAUACUCUAUGUGCUUUUGAAUGAGUGCGUUUGGUGAUUCGAAAUGUUUGAAUACACAUCAAAUCAACCUACGAAUCAACUGUCACAACAUUUGCCGCAAACAAUUAACAUCAAGUGUGAUUUUCAAUUCAAUACAGUGUAUAUACAUUCAAAAUGCAUACAUCGUUGACUCCACCAAAUUUUGUAAUUCCAUUAAAUAAACAGAUUUAUUGCUUUAAAAUUUCACCAUACGAAGCAUCAUCGAAUCUGUUUGUUGCCGCUCUUGUAAAUAAAAUUGUGAUCGGCUUACUCCAUUUUCCAGAAGAUAACAACAAUGAAGAAUUCACUUGGGAACGAUUGCGUGAAUUGGACCAAGACACUCGUAGUCAUGCGAUUGCAUUUUCACCAGAAACUUCAUUAUCAAUGUUGCCCAAACCAACAAUAAAAUUCUGUACGGCGGGCGCUGAUUUUAUUGUUCGAAUAUUUCGUUCUAAUUUAGACGACAAUGAUACUGUCCAGGAAGUCAAUCGACACACAAGCUAUGUUAACGAUGUUGCAUGGGAUUUGUCUGGAAAAUAUUUAGCUUCAGUGAGCGAUGACCAUUCAUGUCAGAUUCGUAGUCAAAAUGAUGACUUCAAAAGUGAAAUUAUUUUUAGAUUAAAAUCACCCGGAAUCACCGUUUGUUUUCAUCCAGAAAAUCCAGAUAAAGUGCUUGUUGCUGAAAAGCGUGGAACUAUAGUAAUAUUCAAUAUUGAAAAUCAAAAUGCUGUAAAUUCAAUCGAAACAAAUAAAUCGCCAUUGAUGGGAGCUGAUUGGAAUUUACGAAAUCAAUUUUUGGUUACAUCAAUUGCGGCUGGUGAAGCAAGCGUUUUCGACUUGAGAUGUCCAUAUCGAGCCAUGGAAACAAAAACACUGCACGAAGACGGUGGUCUCACCAUUAAAUAUUCACCGAAUGCACAGCAAGUUGUGGCAUCAGUAGGUCGGCCCGCGGUUACUCUUGUCGUGGCUCACAUAAAAUCAGAAAAAACUGAAUUACCCAUCCUUGUUGCAUCGCUAAAACUUUAUGGCGGAUUGAGUUGGCAUUCUCGACUGCCAUACAUUUGUUGUGCUGAUGACAGUAAACUGUCUAUUUGGAAAGUGUAUGUUAAGUAAAAACACAAACAAUACAAAUGAUUGAAAAAUAUGAUAUAUUUUUUUGUUAAUAAAGAUUCUUAUUGAAUUCAAAUUCAACGAAAA